UUCAAGAAGUUGGAGAUUGUCGCAGAUGAUAUAACCAGGAAUGGCAUGGUGGAGACAUAUACUACAUGGAUCCAUCAUGGUGAGUCGUUUGACUUUGGGAGUACUAGACAUCAUCCUAGGCAACCUAUAGUUGCGCCUGAGACUGAGGGUUUAGAGGAUGACAUGGCUGAUAUGUUAGGGGAUAUGCUGCGUGCUUCUUCUGGAAAUGCUCCUAUCAUUGAGGGGUCAACAACACCUAAUUAUUCUAAUAUAACAGACCUCAAUGAUAAAUUGGCUCGGCUAAUCCGUGAUGCUAAUUUGCCAUUAUACCCUGGAUGCAAAGACUUUUCUAGAUUAUCAUUUGUUAUGAAAUUGCUGAACAAUAAACUGGUAACCAAUAGUACUGAUAAAGCCUUCAACAUGAAUCUGGACCUAGUCAAGAAAGCUUUACCUGUUGGUGAGACGCUUCCUUCUUCCUUCUAUGAAGUUAAGCGGUACAUGGAAGAUCUUGGGUUUGGUUACACCACUAUAGAUGCAUGUCCAAAUCAUUGUGUACUCUAUAGAGGUCCUCUAGAAUCUGCCAAGUCAUGUCCCAAAUGCAAUGAGUCUAGAUACAUACCUGGGAAACAAAAUAAUGUAGCCCAAAAGAAAGCUAGGUAUUUCCCACUAAAAGAUAGGCUGCAAAGAUUGUACAUGACUAAGGAGGAUGCUAAAGACAUGAGGUGGCACAAGGACUUGCGUGUCGAUGAUGAUACGUUAAGGCAUCCGGCAGAUGGAAAAACUUGGAAACGAUUCGAUGAGGAACAUAAUUGGUUUUCAGCAGACCCUAGGAAUGUUCGCCUUGCUCUUCUAAGUGAUGGGUUCAAUCCUUUUGGGAACAUGAGCAAUAGCUAUAGCAUGUGGCCUGUCGUGUUAACACCGUACAAUCUCCCGCCUUGGAAAUGUAUGACAGAACCUUAUUUUAUUCUUGUUGUCCUUAUUCCUGGAGAGAAAUCGCCCGGUAAUAACAUACAUGUGUACUUAGAGCCCCUAAUAGAAAUGUUGAGAGAGUUAUGGGAGGAUGGGGUCAGUACGUAUGACGCACACUAAUGAGUACCUAUACCCUGGAUAAUUAUCAAACCCUUAAAAACCCAUGUCAAUAAUGAGUACCUAUACCCUGGAAAAUUAUCAAACCCUUAAAAACCCCACGGAAAGAUUUUUAUGUAAUUAAUACGAAUAUUAGAACAAUUUCUAAAAACAAAAAUACAUCUUCAAAAAUCCCCAAAUUAAAUUACAAUCAUCUCCUAGACGUUGCUCAAUUUAUAAAAUUGUUAAAUUGAA